CGUCUCCUAUAUCUCUCCAAAUCAGGAGCGGAAAAGUUACGCGCAUUGCGCGUUAGGAGUCCGUUCGAUUCAAGCCAUCUGCCGAGGCUACAACCAGAUGACGGUGACUUUCUGAGUAAGAGAAGAACAUUUACCAGUAAGGAUUUAGCGCUGUGCUUGGGUGUUAGUGGGAGGGAUUAUUACUUCCAUUGCUCGUGGGAGUCUGGGGGACGUUAGGUAGCAGCUUCAACUUUCUUCCUGGCUCCCGGAGCGCGUGGACACGAGACCGCAUCCCAGCUGUUGCUGCAUCAGGAGACAGCAGUUGAGCAUCACUGACCUGAACUCAGACUUGGAACCUGUCGGUGAAAUUGUAUUGGCAUCACAUUACUUUGAAGUUAAAGCUUCGGACUCGCGAUAUUUACUAGCUAGCACCUGCCGAUUCUCUCUACAGGUUUAGAACAUUGCAUAGAACUAUAUCUCCAACGGAAUUAUUAACAUGACUCCGGGAGUACGGUGCGGCUGUCUACUGCUGCUGUGUUUGACAGCGAUUGAUCAUUGUCACGGUGGCACGCAGGGGGCGGCGAGCUGCAUGGACAGGCACCAGGUGGUGGGAGUGCUGCGUCAGAUGGAGAAGUUCCUGAAGGGGCAGGAGAUGCGAUUCGCCGAGGGGCUCCGGAUCAUGAAAUCCAAACUGGCGGCCCUGCAGAGCUCGGUCUCCAGGCUCCCCCAGGCCGACCAGUACUUGGCUCCCUCUACCUGCCCUUCCCUUGACGCCCCGUCCCACGGAAGGAAAUUUGGCUCUAAGCACCUGAUAGGCCACGAGGUCCACUUCGCGUGUCACACGGGGUAUCAGCUGGUGGGUCCGGCCACACGCGUGUGUCAGGAGAACGGCACCUGGAGCGGGGUCGACACCGCCUGCAAAGACAUUAGUGAAUGUGCCAGUAACCCAUGUCAGAAUGGAGGCACCUGUGUGGAGGGGCUCAGCCAGUACAAGUGCAUCUGCCCACAGAACUGGAGUGGGUCCCACUGCCAACACCAAACCCAGACAGCGCCGCCGGAGUGGAGCGUGAUGAACGACCCGGCCUUCAGCCGCAAGCCGCGCUGCGCCAAGGUGGACCACGCCCAGCACUGCAGCUGCGACGCCGGCUUCCACAUGAGCGGCACCUCCGACAACACCAUCUGCCAAGACGUGAACGAGUGUGAGGUGUACAAGCAGGACCGGGGGAUCAAGCUCUGCGUCCACGCCUGCGUCAACGUUCCGGGGUCCUUCCACUGCUCCUGCCCCGAGGGCUACAAGCUCCUGCCUAACGGCCGCAGCUGUGAGGACGUGGACGAGUGCCUGUCCCAGCAGCACAACUGCACCCACGGCACCACCUGCAUCAACACGGGGGGGAGCUUCCAGUGCGUCAACCCGGAGUGUCCCCGUUCCCACGGCAACGUCAGCUACGUCAAGACCUCAGCCUUCCAGUGUGAGCGUAACCCCUGCCCCAUGGACAGCCGCUCCUGCCACCUGGCGCCCAAGACCAUCUCCUUCCACUACCUGUCCCUGCCGUCCAACCUGCAGGCGCCCGCCACCCUGUUCCGCAUGGCCACGGCGGCCGCGCCGGGCCGCGCCGGGCCCGACAGCCUGCGCUUCGGCAUCGCCGGCGGCAACGCCAAGGGCCUGUUCGUCAUGCAGCGCUCGGACCGGCAGACGGGCGAGCUGAUCCUGGUCCAGGCCCUGCGCGGGCCCCAGGACGUGGCCGUGGACGUGGACAUGUCCGAGUACUCGGACCGCGCCUUCCAGGCCAAGCACGUGGCCCGGGUGCACAUCCUGGUCUCGCCUUACGAGUUCUGAGUUCCGCUCCGCCCCAGAGAGAGAGAGAGAGAGAGAGAGAGAGAGAAAGAGAGAGAGAGAGAGAGAGAGACAGUGAGAGAGAGAGAGAGAGAGAGAGAGAGAGAAUAUUCCUACUGCCUCAAUCACUCACCCGUUUGCCCUCUCACCCCAUGUACACACACACACACACACACAUAUAUCCCACAGCUCAGGGCUGAAAGAAAGGUCUUUUUGUCUUGACCUCCCUCAAGCCCAACAGAGAGAAGCAGGUUCUGAGGGGUCCAGUCAGCUGGAUCAGAGAGGGUAGAGAGCUGGGUCUAAGCGAGAGAGAGGGGUCUGGUUCGGUCUGGUCUGAUCCCCAUAACGCCAUGAAAAGAGAGAAUGGCUGAUCACCAAGACAACGGUGAGGUGAGAUCACUGGCACGGAGAAAAUGACCAAGGCAGGUAAAUCGCAUGUUGAGAACAAACCAGUGGGUAUAUGAACUAAUGUAACAGUAAACAUUUUUUGGUUCCUAAGAAACCAAACUUAUCCUAAUUUUGAUUUGUUCAGGUGUGGGCUUUAGAGUUGCCUCAGAGUCCUGAGGUUCUGCACUUGGAUGUGCGCUGCCAUUGGUAGAACCGAGAACUUGAAUCCCGCCUUCCACACAUAAACACACACACAUAACUACCACCAUAGAUCCUAUUUAUCAAAAUAUUUUUUGUACAUCUGUAAAGUGUGUUGUCCUUGUCUUUUGUCAUGUCAGUUUGUUUAUUAUUUCUUACUUCAUCAUUCAACCAAACUGCAGGAGCAAAUCAUGUCAUGUUAAGCUUACUGUAGAGUAAUACUGUGGACACACAUCUGUUAUAUUUUUUGUGAGUGAUACUGUAGAAAAAUUACUAGAUAUUAUUUUAACAGUAAUGGCACCAUAACUACAGUCUGAGGCUCUUGCUGAUGCAGUAUGUAUCAGGUAUCUGACAUCAUAACCCAUCGCUUGACGGUGUGCCUUAUUAAUAUCUCUAUUACUUGUUGCACAUGAAUGUUUCUACAUAACUGUAAUAAAGCCAGCACUAUAGUUGUUCUUUUUUAUAUGA